CCAUUUAUUUUUAUAAGAAUGCUUGAGCUUUUCCCCUCUUCAUUUUCAUUUCCCAGAAUUUUCUCAGAGAACAAACAAACAAACAUGGCUGUCCUUUUCUGCCUCUUCUUGUAUCUAUCCCUGUCAUCUGUCAAUGUUUUUUCUGCAGGAAUCAUGACCAAAGUUGCAGAGAACCCACUCAGUGCCAGAGCAUCUGUGAUCCGAUACUGGAAGGCCCACGUCUCCGGCAACCUUCCCCCGCCACCGUUUCUUCUCUCCAAGGCCUCCCCUCUAAAUGCCAUGGAAUUGGCCAAGUUUACCAGAAUUGCCGCUCAGAACAAUCUCUCUUCAAACCUGGGCUCCUUCUGCUCCUCAGCCAACCUCCUCUGUUCUUUGGACAACUCCAAACCCGGCCAAGAUCCAAACUUUGCACUAUAUUCCGGUAAAAGCUUUUCUAGGUACGGUUCGUCUAGAAUCGGAGGAGUUGGGUUGUUCAAGAACUACUCCGAUGGGUUAAACACGGCUGCUAAUUCCUUCAAUGAAUACAGUGGAGACUCAGUCGCACACACAGAAGAGUUCAAAGGUUACGCCAAAGAUGUCAAUGUUGCUACUGAUAACUUCACCAAUUACGGCUCCGGCGCCACAGGUGGCUCCGGGGAUUUCACAUCCUACGACGGACGAGUUAACGUGCCGAAUCUUGGAUUUAUCUUGUAUGAUUCCGACGCUAAUUCUCAUAAGCUUUCAUUUUCAAGCUAUACCGAGGAGGCAAAUGCAGGCGCUGAAGCGUUCACAAGCUACGGCAAGAACGGCAAUGCAGUUCCGUCCCAGUUCAACAGCUACAGCAACGACGCCAACAAUAUCAGGUCGGAUUUUACGAGUUACGGCGUGUCGGGGAAUGCGGCGAACGACUCGUUUAAAGGAUAUGGUGAUUCAGGGAACACUCCACACAACAAUUUCAAAACCUAUGGCGUCGGUGCCGAUUCAGGAGUCGAUAAAUUCACCAGCUACCUAGACGGUGCUAAUUCCGGAGAUGAUACUUUCCAAUCUUACGCAAGCCAUGCCCAUUCCGGCGAAGUGAAUUUCGCCAACUAUGGGAAAACAUUUAACCCAGCGAACGAUACAUUCAAAGAAUACGGCAGAGGUUCCUUCGGUGAUCCGAUGAUUGGAUUCAAAACCUAUGGAUCGAAUCCUAAUUUUAUAGAUUACCACAAAAAGGGUGUCACUUUCAGUGAAUACACCGCCCGCGGAAUUUCUCCGGCGAGUUCUCCGGCGAGCAGUCCCACACUUAGAUGGGUGGAACCGGGUAAAUUCUUCAGGGAAUCCAUGUUAAAGGAAGGCAGCGUCAUGGUGAUGCCCGACCUACGGGAUAAAAUGCCGAGAAGGUCAUUUUUGCCCAGACCCAUAUCGACCAAAUUACCAUUUUCGUCCUCGAGCCUGCCGGAGCUCAUGCAGAUUUUUCACGCCGAGCAGAAUUCAAGCAUGGGGGGCGUGCUCGCCACCGCGGUGGCGGAGUGCGAGAGGGCACCAAGCCGAGGGGAGACAAAGCAAUGUGUCGGCACAAUUGAGGACAUGAUCGACUUUUCCUCUUCCAUCUUGGGCCGCAAUAUCGAGCCCAAGACCACGGAGACAGUGAGGGGGUCAAAGCAGAAGAUCGUGAUAGGAAAAGUCAGAGGAAUCAACGGCGGACAAGUGACUAAAUCGGUGUCUUGCCAUCAGAGCCUGUACCCGUAUCUACUGUAUUACUGUCACUCGGUACCUCAAGUUAGGGUAUACGAGGCUGAAAUCCUGGAGGUGAAGAGCAGAGCUAAGAUCAAUCGAGGUGUUGCCAUUUGUCAUAUUGACACAUCAGCAUGGGGUCCAGGUCAUGGAGCCUUCGUGGCACUGGGGUCAGGCCCUGGACAAAUAGAAGUCUGCCACUGGAUCUUUGAGAAUGACAUGACUUGGACCAUUGCUAAUUAAGGACUAAUUAAUAAUCUGAUCUUGGGUUUUAUUUAUAAUCUUCUCUUUUAACAUUUUUAUAUUUACUAGAGUGAACUUUCCCCCUUUUUCCACCUUUUUCGGCUUUUUAUCUGAGUAUUAAUUAUUUCUUCCUUGUUUGAAAAUUUGGUUCUAGUUGCGUUUUUGUUUUAUCCUCAUAAGUUGAAUUUUAAAAUGUUUUCGUUGAUGAAUCAAUACUUUUCAUUAAU